GCAGGAGCUAGCGGUGGGGAGAGGAUCAUAUUGGCGUGUCUGCCGGUUGCCGUAGAGAUGGAGCGCUUCCUGGGUUUCGUUAAGCAGAUCCGUCGCUCACGGAGACGCAAGGGCAAGAAGUACCGGCCGGAGGAGGACUACCACGAGGGCUACGAGGACGUUUAUUACUACGCCUCUGAGCACCUGCACAAUGAGGGGCCGUACACGAAACACUCCAACUCCUCCCGGCCACCUGAUGGGGCCCUGGCCAUCAGGAGACAGAGUAUCCCAGAAGAGUUCAAGGGCUCCAGCCUGGUGGAGCUGAUGAAGAAGGAGGGCACCACGCUGGGCCUCACUGUCUCCGGCGGCAUCGACAAGGACGGCAAGCCCCGCGUCUCCAACCUGCGCCAAGGAGGUAUCGCCGCCAGGAGUGACCAGUUGAACGUUGGCGACUACAUCAAGUCGGUGAACGGCAUCAACCUGACCAAGUUCCGGCAUGACGAGAUCAUCAGCCUGCUGAAGAAUGUGGGCGAGCGGGUGGUUCUGGAGGUGGAGUACGAGCUGCCCCCUGUCUCUGUUCAAGGCUCAGGGGUGAUGUUCAAAAAUGUUGAGGUGACUCUACACAAGGAAGGCAACACAUUUGGAUUCGUCAUCCGAGGUGGUGCCCAUGAAGACAGGAACAAAUCCCGUCCUAUUGUCAUAACGACCAUCAGACCAGGUGGUCCAGCAGACAGGGAAGGCACCAUUAAGCCUGGCGAUCGGCUGCUGAGCAUCGACGGCAUCCGUCUCCAUGGCACCUCGCACGCCGAGGCCAUGAGUAUCCUCAAGCAGUGCGGCCAGGAGGCCACGCUGCUUAUCGAGUACGACGUGUCAAUCAUGGAGUCAGUGGCCACGGCGACAGGUCCGCUCCUGGUGGAGGUUGCCAAGACGAUGGGCUCCACUGGCGUGGCCCUGUCCACCUCCAUGUACUGCAACAAGCAGGUCAUCAUCAUCGACAAGGUCAAGCCCGCCAGCAUCGCCGACAGGUGCGGGGCGUUGCACGCGGGCGACCACAUCCUAUCCGUGGACGGUACCAGCAUGGAGUACUGCACCCUGGCCGAGGCCACUCAGCUGCUGGCCAGUGCCUGCGAGCAUGUCAAGAUGGAGAUCCUCCCCCACCAUCAGACACGGCUAGCCCUCAAGGGUCCAGAGCAUGUUAAGGUCCAGCGGAGCACACGGACGCUUCCUUGGGAGUCCAGUGCCAACAACAACAGCAACUUCCUCCCUUACCAGCACUAUAACACCUACCACCCUGACCAGUCCACCCGGAGCCAUGCCAAGCAGCAGAAAUCCUCUCCAAACAACCCCCCUCUGGGCUCGUCCUUCUCUCCCACCUCCAUGAGUGCGUACAGCCUGAGCUCGCUGAACAUGAGCACGCUGCCGCGCAACAUGUACCCCACCAGCCCCCGCGGAACCAUGAUGAGGAGGAAACUCAAGAAGAAGGACUACAAGAGCUCCCUGUCCUUGGCUUCGUCCACCCUGGGUCUGGCUGGACAGGUGGUCCACACCGAGACCACGGAGGUCACGCUUGUCAGCGACUCAAUCAUGGGCUUCGGAAUCCAGCUGCAGGGCGGAGUCUUCGCCACGGAAACCCUGACCUCACCACCGCUCAUCGCAUACAUCGACCCCGACAGCCCCGCCGAGAGGUGUGGCAUCCUGCAGAUCGGAGAUCGUAUCCUGUCGAUCAACGGCAUCCCGACCGAGGACAGCACGCUGGAGGAGGCCAACCAGCUGCUGAGGGACUCCAGCAUCACCAACAAGGUCACCCUGGAGAUUGAGUUCGACGUAGCAGAGUCUGUCAUCCCCAGCAGUGGAACGUUCCACGUCAAACUACCCAAGAAGCCUGGGGUGGAGCUGGGCAUCACUAUCAGCUCUCCAUCUAGCAGGAAGCCGGGAGAUGCCCUCAUCAUCUCGGACAUAAAGAAGGGCAGUGUUGCUCACAGGACUGGGACUCUGGAGCUGGGUGAUAAGCUGCUGGCCAUCGAUAACAUCCGUCUAGAGAACUGUCCCAUGGAGGACGCCGUGCAGAUCCUGCAGCAGUGUGAGGACCUGGUCAAGCUUAAGAUCCGCAAGGAUGAGGACAACUCUGAUGAACAGGAGGUCUCUGGGGCCAUCAUCUACACUGUGGAGCUGAAGAGGUACGGAGGGCCCCUGGGCAUCACUAUCUCAGGCACCGAGGAGCCCUUUGACCCCAUCAUCAUCUCCAGCCUCACCAAGGGCGGCCUCGCCGAGAGAACGGGAGCCAUCCACAUUGGUGACCGUAUUCUGGCUAUCAACAACAACAGCCUGAAGGGAAAGCCUCUGAGUGAAGCCAUCCACCUGCUGCAGAUGGCUGGCGAGUCAGUCACCCUCAAGAUCAAGAAGCAAGGAGACUUGGCGAGUCCGAAGCAGCCGUGCGUGGGGCUGGGAGGCAUGGGGGGCAUGAGCGAGGGGGAGGAGGAGGAGAUCCCUGGCAGUGGGGGCAUCAGCGUCAGCGUCAGCAGCAGCAGCGGAGGCGGCAUCAGUGGGGGCAAAGGAGGGAAGCUGUCGGACAUCUUCUCCACCACCACCACCAUCCCAUCCGUGGACAGCGCCGUGGAUAGCUGGGACGGCCAGUCUGCCAUCGACAACACCUUCAGCACCCAGCCUCCUACAGGCUUCCAGGUGUCCAGCUACAGCUUCCACAGCCACGAGUGGAGGAACGCCAAGCCAAGCCGCGGCAGCUUGUCCCCGGGCAACGGCAGUGGAGGCGCUGGAGUUGGAGGUGGAGGGGGCGUCAGCACCAACCGGGCCCGCACCAACAACAUCCUGCAGGACCUGGGCCUCAGUGAUGACGAGUGGGAGAGACCCCUCACCAGCGGAGGCUCAACUCUCCCCACCGGCCUAAUCUCUGACAGCAGGUUCACAGUGGGUCAUGAUGGCACGGAACCGGACCAGGAGGAGAACUUCUGGUCACAGGCACUGGAGGACCUAGAGACUUGCGGCCAAUCUGGCAUCCUGCGUGAGCUAGAGGACAAGCCAGACAGGCUUCUGAAUAAGAGAAACUUGGCCCUCUUGGCCACCAUCAUGUCAGGCAGCAGCCUGAGCCUGAACCACGACCCGGCACCGACUCGCAGCCACCUGGGGCGGCAGGCCAGCUUCCAGGAGCGCGGCUCCAACCGGCAACAGUACUCACAGGCCAACCGCAGUAACACACUGCCCAGUGACAGCGGCCGCAAGGCCUACAACAUGAGGAAGAUGAAGCAGGAGAUCAAGGACAUCCUGUCCCCUACACCAGUAGAGCUGCACAAGGUGAGCCUGUUUAAGGAGUCAGACCUGGAGGACUUUGGGUUCAGUGUGUCCGAUGGCCUCCUUGAAAAGGGAGUCUACGUCAACAACAUUCGUCCUGGAGGCCCAGCUGAGCUCGGGGGACUGAAGCCUUUCGACAGGCUGCUGCAGAUAAAUCAUGUGCGGACCCGAGAUUUCGACUGCUGCCUCGUUGUCCCACUGAUCGCCGAGUCUGGCAACAAGCUGGACCUGGUCAUCAGCCGGAACCCGGUCACCACCCAGCCCACCUCUGACCUGGGUCAGCUGCCCGUGGAGGAGCCGGAGAACUGGACGGAGCCAGGCAUGGCGCCGGCAGGGGACGGUCCUCAGCUGGACCCUGGUGUGGGGCUGCAGACUGCUGGACUGGUGGGGGGCGAAGACAGAGACCCUAACAAGACCUUAUAGCAGAGCAGGGCGGAGGACGAGCGUCCAGCGCUCCUCAUGGUGCUAAAAUGUCCGGCGCUCUGUCCCCCCAGCACCCCCCCCCCCCCCCCCCCCCAUCUUAACCACCAACCCUGAGCCCCUGAACACCAGGAGACCUGAAAUGGUGGGGGUCUGUGGGCAGGGGUCAGUGAGAGGACAGUUUGUCUAAGCACAUGUAACACUCCUCCCCCUCUCUGUGAACCUACACACACACACACGUACACACAUACACACACAUACACACACGCACACACACACACAUAUACAUACGCAUGUGUCACAGGUCAGGCCCUUUCUCCUAGCACACACCCAGCAUGGAUGUGUUUCUGUCCUGUGACGCCAACUACUGUACAACAACUAUGACGAUGAUGAUGACACUGGAGGAAGACCGCACCGACCUCUUUGGAGUACUGAGUACUGAGACAGACAUUCAAACGUAAACCAGAACUGCAACUGAAACAGUGCCAUCCUUUGUUUUUAUUGUGAAAGGACAAGACUUAAAAAAAAUACACUGGUGAAAAAAAAAUGAUAUAAGAGCAAGUGGAUUCUCACAGACGUUUACAUGUACUGUUGGACUGGCCACUCUGUAUGUGUGUGAGGGUUUGUUUGAGUGUGUGUGAACGUGUAUUUGUGUGUGUGUUUGUUUGUAGGACCACACUGUAUAGGCCAGAAAACUAUCCCCACUCUCGUUUUUUAUAAAGAGCAUCUCCUGUUCCCCCUAGCCUCCUCAGUCGCACCCCCCCCCCCCCCCCCCCCCCCCCUUGAGUUCUCAAACUCACAAGUUUUUAUACUCUCCCGGUUUUGUCAGUGAUGAAAACAAAUUAAAUGUAGUGUGGUAAUGGAAGAAAACAACAAACAAAACCCCCUUUCUCUCUUCACUUCUGAUGCCAAGGCCCGAGUGCCAACUCUGCUAAUACAUGGGGUAUGAAGACUGGUAUAGCAUCAGCACAAUAAAGAGGAAAAAAUGGACACAAAUGCCCCCGCUUCCUCCUUUCCGAGAGAUAAAGAGGGAGAAACAGAAACAGAGGGAGAUGGAAAGAGAAGUGGUCUGUGUAGCUCAGUGAGAUUUGUCACGGAACAGAGGAACUUCAAUCACUUACGGUUCCUCCUCAGCCACUAUCCGUUCUAAAGAACCUCCUGAGAUGGUAAUCCUGGUCACCUAAAUGUAGCCAUAGGCUUAAGUGCAUGGGGUUUGUGACCUUGUCCGGAAGCCUGACAAACUGAGAAGAAAUCAGUAGUUGAGCAAAACUGAAGUAUCGGCUUCUCUCUUUCUUGGGUUGGAGGGGAAUGCCUCCACAGGACUGACCCCAACAAAUUUAGUUCUCCACAAACUCUUAGAGGUGAAGUCCUCAGGUCAUCUCAGAGGGCACAAAUGCAGGCACACACAGUAUCGAACCAGUGCUAACAAAAUUAAUUUUGCCCCUAAUUAGGAUGUUGAGUGACUGUUUUCUUCUUUCUGCUAGAAGAGGUGGCACUUCUGCACCUUAUCCUAAAUUUGGACAAAGAACUAUUUUUUAUGAACAGAGGCAGGUUUUUAUGUGACAAAUCUACUCGUGUGCAAUCUGUGAGUGACUUUAGCGAAAGUGAUGGAUGAUGUUGUGGGCAGGUGUUUGUAAACCUGCGAAAACAAAUAAGAGAAGUAGUGUGGUCUGUUGGUCUUGCAGGAGUUUCCCCUCUGCUCCUCAACUGCUGCUAUAGAAAUAAGUGGUUUGAAGCCAGAGGAGCUAAUGUGGCAAAUGCUAGCAUCAUACCAUAAGUACUGCUAAAGCUGGUACAAAGAGAUGAUCGGUGUUGUGUGAUCGUGUAGGUUAUGGGCUGAGUGUCAACGUACAGGAGCCAAAGGAAAACCUGGUCUCAUUUUAUAUGAAGUGUUCCUAUAACACCAUGAUAAUUAAUAAAGCAAUGCCAUUUUAUAUGAAGUGUUCCUAUAACACCAUGAUAAUUAAUAAAGCAAUGCCAUUUUAUAUGAAGUGUUCCUAUAACACCAUGAUAAUUAAUAAAGCAAUGUCUGAUACCAUGUGCUUCCACUGUCAGUACAUGUGAUUACUCAUUGCCAACAUAACCUUAACCCAAAGGACAGUUAGCAAUUAGCAAUUAACAUUAAACAGUGCAUUGCAACUGUAGUUCUUAAUGAAUUUGAGGUUUAGUACACUGUAUCUUGGGACACUUAACAUAAAAGACGGCCCAAAAUAAAGACCUCUCUCCCCCCUCCCCCCGCAGAAGCACAACUAGCGCUGGCCCAGUCCCUCCAGCUUUUUUACACAAUGUUGCAGACAGGUAGAAGAAACACUAACCCUGAGAAAACUGUAGCUUUCAGAGAGAGAGAGAGAUACAGAGAUUGCAAAGGCCCAUGGGUAAUAUGGGUGAUGAAUUUGUUGAGGGAGGGGGAGUACAUUGAGAUAUAUUUUCUACUGUGUGAGUCUCUACCCUGUUUGUUUUUUUUACUGAUGUGAAAUCUGAAUCAACUUUGGACGUAACAAACCAAGCUGUGAACCGAAUGCCACCAUCACUCCAAAUGACCAAUUAAUUACAAAAUUAAAAAAAAAAACCACAAGCAUGAGGUUAAAACAACAUAACUGAAGUAGCUUAAAAACACCAUUUUCUAUUUUAUACCUCUGUCUUUCCCCCUUUUUUGAGUAAAUAUGAACUAAUAUGCUAAUCGAUGUGGUACUGGUAUGGUUUUUUUGUAUGUAUACAUUGUUUCUUUUCUGAGGUUGCAGGCCCAAAGGCGGUACAACUUUGUUUGUAAAAGGGAAAAAAAUGAAAUGAUGCAAUGGCACUUGUGUGUGUUUGAUCUCACACAAGGCUGACAUGAUUAGGACGUCUCCACGCGGCAACUCUUAGCCCGCCAGCAGCAAAAACAAGACAUCAGUCCUGAAAACCAUGUGUUUUUUUCUCUCUUUCAGGAAGCAGCUUUGCUUCAUGUAGGAAAAAAAACACAUAAACAUGUUUGGUUCAGAAAAAAAAAUUUGAAAAAAGAGAAGAAAAAAAAACAAAGCCGACUGCUCCUAGCAACCACUCCUCUUCCUCUUCCUCUUCCUUCUCUCCCAGCACCCUACCCUGACCCAGCGCUACCCAACCCAGACCUGUGUGCGUAAACCUUGUGGCUGUUGAAGAGUGACGUCGCCCUUGUUGUCAGUGGUCUCACCUCACCCCCUCCUUGUCUACUCACUAUUUGAAAUGGCACGCAGACUUGACCUAGGAGACAAAGCCCUCUCCACAUUUGGGAACUGUCUGUUAUUUUUUGUUUUGUUGUUUUCCAGGAAGCCAUGUUGAGUGUCAGUGGUCCUUGUUCUAAUCCAGAAGUUCCCUCCUGAUACGGGUCCAUGCUCUAAGUUCCUUUCACCUCCUGCACUGUGCACAGAUAACAUCCUGGUUUAGUCCCACAGAGAUCAAUUACAAACACCUCAGUGUAGGUACAGUUUACUUUCCCAUUCUAGUUUUCCGUCUGACCUCGUAAUCGUAACCAGCGGUGCAGGCGUGGCAUCAGGAUCACUUGGAUUUGGUUUCCUAUUCUUUAUUUGUUUGCUUCUUUUGCAACCAUUUGCACCUUGAGUUUUAUUU